AUGUCAAAGUUUUUAUAUAUAAUAUUUUUUCUAUGGACAUUUAACGGCUUACAAUCAAUUUUUUUUGAUACCGAUCAAUUUGGAUUUGAUUGUUUGCAUUAUUUUUCAACUGAGUCAAAAUUUUCUGAAAUAGUCAAAUAUUGUAUUCGUCCCAAAAAUGAUACAACUUCGAUAAUGGUUGAAUUUUUAAAUAUAUCUGAUGAUUAUAUGACUUUCGAUGAAUUAUACCGUUUGAAUAUAACAUCACAUGAAAUUCUCUUGUGGUCAUCAUCAAUUGAUCUUGCCGAGCAAUAUGAGUAUUACCUUGAUCAACCAACUCAAUCUAAUUUAUCAAAUGAAAAAUUCUUUAAUUGUACACAGCCAUGGUUUGGAUCACGCUGUCAAUAUUCAUUGAAAUUUGAUGAAGAUAAAUUAGUGCAAAAUUCUUUUGAAACAACUUUAACUGGUAAUAUAUUUAAUGGAACGUGUUAUAUUCUUUUAGAAUGUGAUCGUGGGGGAUCAUCGAUGUGUCUUGAUUGGCGUGAGAUAUGCGAUGGUCGAAUUGAUUGUCUUAAUGGUGUUGUUGAUGAAAUUCAAUGUUUCAAUUUAGAAAUUAAUGAAUGCAAUGAAAAUGAAUAUCGAUGCCAUAAUGGAUUGUGUAUUCCAAAAAUGUUUUUGGAAAUGGAUUUUGAUGAAGCGCAAUGUCUUGAUAGAUCGGAUUAUUUAUCGGAUCCUAUCUGUAAAAGAUUUUAUUUCAAUUUCAAUCUGUUUGAAUGUCAAGAAUAUAUUUGUCGACCUGAUAAAGGCAAAUUUUCGUGUGCUGAUGAACAAUGUGUAGAAGAUUAUGGACAAUGUAAAAAUAAUCGACAUCUUUCGUUAACUCAAUCAAUUAGUGUUAGAGGGAAUUUAUCAUACAAAUGUUGGAUAAGUAUAGUUUGUCUUACGAAAAUUAUGGACAAAAUUGAGAAUAUAUCAUGUGAUGAAUUCAUUCAAUCUGCUAAGAUUAUCGAACAGUUAAAAAGUUGCAAGUUUCCUCUUCAAUUUCCGGUUAUUCCUGUACUCUAUGGUCAUGUAAAAUUCUUAUAUCAUCCAAAAGAGAUUGACAAUAUUAAUGUUACAUUAUCUCUUAAACCUGAUUAUAUUUGUUAUGAUGAACAACUGUGCGAUUUUAUCACACCCACAUUUCGUUAUGAAAACUUGACUUGUCGUUCUGGUGAUCAAAUGAAUCUUACGAUGAAUGCAGAACUGUCUACUUGGAAAUCAAUUAUCGAUUCAAUUAAACCAUAUUUUGAUGGUUGUAUUACUCAACAUUAUCAUAUCAUCGAUUCUCAUCAUUCAUCAUUAUAUCAUUGUAAAAAUUCGACGAAAUAUAUUUCUAAACAUCGAAUUCUUGACGGUAUAUCAGAUUGCUUCUUGAAAGAUGAUGAACAAGCAUUUGAGUUAAGUUGUUCAUUAAAUCAAACCUCUCGAUUUCAAUGUCCAGACGAGAAACAGUGUCGAUCACGCUUUUUUCCAACAAGUAUCUGCUCUUUUCCAAUACAAAUAAAUUAUGAUGAUAUUCCAUUUUAUAAAGUAUGUGAUCGAAUCAUAGAUUUGCCCAUGGCGUUGAUUAAUGGACGAAAUCAUUCCGAUGAAACUGAUUGUGAAGAUUGGCAAUGCAAUAAUAUCUACACACGAUGUGAUGGUUUUCGAAAUUGUCUUAAUGGAGAGGAUGAAAAACAUUGUAUGAAACCAAUUAUAUUAAGACAUUUCUUUUUCUGUACUUCGUCACAGAAUUAUACACAAAUGUGUUUACCAGCCGGUCAAAUCAUUAAUGAAACCGUCGCUUGUUUUGGAGCAUCACCUGAUGAAUUUCAGUACUUUCAAACGAACAGAUCUCAUUGUUCGAAUGACACGAAAUGUAAAGCAGGUCAAAAUCUUUGCAAUAAAAACCAAGUUUGUUCAGAGUAUAAUAAUUAUCAAUUUUGUGUUGACCGUCUACAAUUAUGUAAUGGCUAUGCUUUGGAUAAUCCUAGUGAUAUGCGGGACUUUUCAUGUCGAAUCAUUAAUACAGCUUAUAAGUCACUGACAAAAAGAUAG